AGGGGGAGGAGGGGGAGAUUCGCUUCUGAGAGGAAGGGACAUCGCUAGUCGUAGACCGACCUGGAUCUGAUUCGCGAUGUAAGUUCGCCCCCUGGCGGCCUCGUGGAGAUCGGGCAGGGAGAUGGGACCGCUCCCCUCGGGGCGUCUGCCCCCUGACCCUCUCAGCCAGUCACAGAAAGCCUGGCAGCCUGAACCAGGCCAACCUCAGUCGGUCGGGUAGCCUCCCAUCUUUUAGCCUCAGUUUUUCCAUGAACAGAAUGGGGAGCCUUGCCGAGUACCCCCAGUGCAGAUGGGUACCUUGGGAGGAUGUGCUCACAUGGUUCCCACUCGGUCCUGUGGGGCAGGAGCUAGGGCCAUCCCCCCUUCACAGUGGGGGAGACUCUGAGGCUCGGAGGACAGCACACGGGGUGCAGAGGCAGGACCGGAACCCAGGACCCCCAAUCCUGUCCUGGGCUCCGGUAGCCUAGGCUGGCCCUUGGCCAGGGUCCAGCCCCUCCCAACGGACUCGGGAAGCCACGGCCGGGAGGGGCGGAACCGUGGGUGUCCCUGGCGCCCCAAGGUGCCAAUUAAAUGCUCGUGGCUGUCUGGGACCAGAGCUGUGGACAGCGGCAUGGCCGAGCUGGGGCCAGAGCCGGGCCGCGCGUGGCGGGUGCUGGCCCUGUGCGGGGCGGCGGUGUUCCUGGCGGCCGCGGCAGCCGGGGCGGCCCUGCUGGCCUGGAAUCUGGCCUCCUCGACCUCCCGGGGACCUCGCUGCCCACAGCCAGGGGCCAACGCCACGGCGCCCCCCGUGGACCUGGCGCCUGAGCUCGAGGAACUGCGGCGACAGCUGGCAGAGGCGACCCAGCACGAGGAGGCUCUGGCCAGACAGCUGGACCAGGCCAACCGAGUCGGUCGGGAGCUGGAGGAGGCACUGAGGGCCUGUCAGGGCCGCCAGAGCCGGCUUCAGACCCAACUGAUGACCCUGAAGACUGAGAUUGAAGAGGCCAAGGCACAGGGGACCCAGAUGGGGGCUGAGAACGGGGCGCUCACAGAAGCCCUGGCGCGCUGGGAGGCGGCGGCCACGAAAUCUGCGCGGAGGUUGGACGAGGCACAGCAGCGCGCACGCGCGGCCGAGGCCGAAGCCGAAGCUUGCGCAGCCAGGGAGGCGGUGCUGCGCGAACGCGCCCCUGGAAGCCGAGAUGGGCCCCCAGCGCAGAGUGCCGCAACCCCGAUCCCGCUCCGUGUCCCGACCCCGACCCAGCCCCCGUUCGCGCUCUCGCCCAGGACCCUCUGGGGGCUGCCGGAGGCCGGCGCGGCGCGCACGAGGGUGAGUCAGACCCCAGGAAGAUGAGGGCUCUGAGGCCAGGAGGGCACACACUGUGGCUGGAACAUGUAUAGAGGUGCCCACGCUGGAUGAGAUGCCCCGUCGACACCCAUCAACGCUCAGCUUUAGACCCAAGAACCACAGAACGGAAACUACAGGAAGGAGACUCGACCCUCUCUCCCCAACAAUCUAGUGCUUAUUUCACAGAUGGGGAAACUGAGGCCCAUUUGAUAACACAAUGAGAUAGUGUUUUGGGACUUAAGUCCCUUCUAAUGACAGUGUUGCUUCAUCCCACAGACAUGAAGACUUACGGUCCAGCCCUAGCUCAAGAGUGACCUGGAAGGGUCAAUUCUCCUCUCUGGGCCCCAGUUUACCUUGUCUGUAAAUUGAGUGGAAUCAUGUUUAGUGAGCCAGCCUAUCAACUGACUGAGAUGUCACAAUGGGAAAACUACAGACCCCUCUUCCUAUGAGGAGGGUAUGAAACUCCCAAAUGGAAUUUUAGCAAAAGGAAUUAAGCAACACAUUUCUUAAAUACAUCACAACAAAGAGGACUUAUGCCUGAGAUGCAGGGAUGGUUCAAUAUUCACAAAUCUGCUAAUAAAAUUCACCAUACUAAUGGAUCAAAUGAGAAAAGUUCUGAAAAGGCCAUCAAAAUGAGUGCCAAGGUGAGGAUAACCACUGUCAAGUAUUUAAUAUUGUUCUGGAGGUACUAGCCAAUGCACUUAGACAAGGAAAAGAAAGAAGAGGUGUGAAUAUUAGAAAAGCAGUAGGGAAUUUAUAGUUUGAAUCAUAUGUAAGCACUGUUUAUAUAGGUAAACAAUAACAGAAAUAUCAACAAUUUCAUAUGGCUCAAUUUCACAUUCAUUUUGUCUUUUACCUUAUAUUUGACAUAACUUCAGACUUACAGGAAAGUUGGAAGAUUAGUACAAAGAAUUCCUGAAUACUCUUCCCCCAGAUUCCACAAAUGUUACCACCUUUGCUUUAUUCUCUCUCUCUCUCUCUGAACCUUUUAUGAAAAUUUGCAGAAAUGAUGUCUUGUUACCCAUAACACCUGAGUAUGCAUUUCCUAUAAAAACAAGGACAUUCUCCCACAUAAUCACAGUAAAUUACGAACAUCAGAAAGUGGACAUUGAUUGAUAAAACACUAUUAUCUAAUCUACAGACUUUAAUCAGACUUUGCCAACUGUUCUAAUAAUGUCUUUUAUAACAAAAGAAUAUCCUGGCUCACACAUUGUAUUUGUCAAGUCUUUCAUCUCUUUUAAUCUGGAACAUUUCUCAGUCUGACUUUGCCUUUCAUAACAAUGGCAUUUUUUUAGAGGCCUGAGGCAAUCAUUUUUUGGAGUUCAAGUCUGGGUUUGUGUGUUAUUUCUGUAAGAUUAGUUUCGGGUUGGCAUUUUGGGCAGGAAAGCCUCAGAAGCAACUCAACCUAAUAUUAUUAUCUCCUGGCAGUAUGAUUUUAUAUAUAGAAAACCCAAGAGAAUUAACUGAAACUUUCCUAGAUUUAUUUCAUAUAGGUGUUUAUACCCAGGAAUAAAUUAAUUUCCUUAUUACAUAAAGAGCUCUUAUAAAUUAAUUUUUCAAAAACAGCUCAGUAGAAAAAAUGGGCAAAGAAUAUAGACAGUCAAUUAAUAGAAAUGUAAGGGGAAAAAAGUGCCCAACCUCACGCCUCAAAAAGAAAUGCAAAUUGAAACAAUGUGGUACCACUUUGUGCCCAUGAGUCUGGCAAAGAUAAAAACAAACAAAAAAAUCACAAAGUACCCUAUGCUGGCACUGCUGUGGAGAAACAAAUAAUCCCACAGGGUGCUGGUGAGACUGCUCAUUGGUACAGCCACUUGGAAGGGCAAUUUUCUAGAACCUCUCAAAAUUGAAAGUGCAUGUAUCCUUUGAUCCAUCAAUUCCCCUUCUAGAAAUUUUUCUAUAACCAUAUUUACAUGUGUACAAAAUGAUGGACCAGGGACUCCUGGCUGGCUCAGUCCGUAGAGCAUGCAACUCUUGAUCUGAAGGUGGCAAGUUCAAGAUCCACGUGGGGGGCAGAGCCCACUUAAAACUAAAUAAAUAGGGGCAUGUGGGUGGCUCAGUCAGUUAAGAGUCAAACUCUUGGUUUCAAUUGAGGUCAUGAUCUCAGUGUCAUGAGAUUGAGCCCUGUGUGGAGCUCUGCACUCAGCAGAGUCUGCUUGUGCCUUUCUGCUCCUCCCCCUGCUCUCUCUCUAAAAUAAAUAAAUAAAAUUGUAAAAAAAAAAAAAAAAAAAAGAUGGGGUGCCUGGGUGGCUCAGUUGGUUAAGCAUCUGCUUUCACCUCAGGUCAUGAUCUCAGGGUCCUGGGAUCAAGCCUCGCAUUGGGCUCCCUGCUCAGUGGGGAGCCUGCUUCUCCCUCUCCCUCUGCUGCUCCCCCUGCUUGUGCUUUCUCUUGUUCUCUGUCAAAUAAAUAAAUAAAAUCUUAAAAAAUAAAAAAAAGAAACAAAACAAAAUAAUGGACCGAAUGCAAUGCAGAACCCUGGGUUGGAUCCUGGAACAGAAAAACACUUAGUGAGAAGAUCACAUAAAGUCCAGAGUAUAAUUAAUUUCAUGUACUACAGUAGUUUCUUAGUUUUGACAAGUGAGCCACAGUGUAAAAGAGCUUAACCAUGGAAGAAGUUGGAGGAGGGCUAUUCAGGGACUCUGGACUAUCUCUGCAACUUUUCUGUAAAUCUACAAUUAUUCCAAAAUAAAAAGUUUACUUCUAAAAAAGAGGCAAAGGGUAAGGGGAGGGGAGAGAAUGAGGACAUUUAUUAUCACAUCUUGAUAAUUACAAAAAAUUGGAAACCACCUCAAUGUCCUCCACUUGGGGACUGUUUCAGUGAGUGUCCAUCUGUCCCUACGGUGGAAAUUCCCAUACGACUGUUAAAGGAGCCAAAGCAAAUUCCUCUGAGAACAUUAAUGUAAAAAACAGGAAAGUGAUAAUUUGUGUGCAUUUUCCAAAAUGCAGGGAUGGAAGAGACUUUUACCCAAAUGUCUCUGAAGGAAACACUGGUCACAGCUGUGGCCUCUAGGGCAAGAACUAGGGGGCUGAGAGUGGGGAGGGGGGGUGCCGUUUCAUGUUUGUAUACCUUUUUGUAAAGUUUGCAUUUAAAAUCAUGCACAUGGGGGCGCCUGGGUGGCUCAGUCGUUAAGUGUCUGCCUUCGGCUCAGGUCAUGAUCCCAGCGUCCUGGGAUCAAGCCCCGCAUCGGGCUCCCUGCUCCGUGGGAAGCCUGCUUCUCCCUCUCCCUCUCCCUCUGCUUGUGUUCCUUCUCUCUCUGUCUCUCUGUCAAAUAAAUAAAAAUUUAAAAAUCUUUUAAAAAAAUAAAAUAAAAUCAUGCACAUGUAUUACCUUUAAUUAAAAUUUGUUUCUAAAAAUUCCUAAGAAGCUGGUAUUUGAGGGGGUGGAAACCCUUGGAACUCUUUCCCCCACCUCAUCCAGUCCUGUUCAUCAUCCCCACUACCACCCCCGGGCUUGGAGGUACCAGAUCAGGGCCUUUACCUGGGAGGACCUGAAGGGGGAACUGGAAGGCCAACUCCCAAGGAGGAAGUGAGGCUGAGGGGAGGAAGGUCUAACCGCUUAGUUCUGCUGACAGCCACCAGGGGUCGCCCCAACUUGCCCACCCCGUUGCCUCCGGCUAAGCGCUCACUCAGAGCUGGAGAGGUUAAGGGUGCGUCCGGAACCUCCCCCCACCCCCACCCCCAACUGUGGCAUCAAUCCAGAAGUGGGCAGGAAGUGGCUUCUCCUUCUGGAGUCAGCCAGAGCUGGAGACCAGGAGACUGACCUUGCUUUGUCUGACUUAAGACCCCUUCCCUGUGCGGCUGUGGGAUCUAAGGGUACAAGGGCUGGGCUCAGGGUUGUAAAUGGGACCUAAAACAUAUCAUUAUUAUCCAUGUACUCUGGUGGCUUCAUCUUGGGCACACCACUGGACCCCUGAAAAUCAGUUUCGGGGUUGGAGGGAAAUAAGGAGCCAAGGCAGGUGUGUGAGCAGGAAGGGCACAGUUAGAUCUGGUGUCAGAAAGAAUUGGGAAGAAAGAGAGGGCACAGACUGAGGGCUUUGAUCCCCCAGGGAGAGCAUUGGACAGGUAGUAGGUGAGGAUUGAGAGUGACCUACGGAGAACAAGCCCAGGCGCCCCACCCCCUCACCCCCCACCCUCCCCAGCCUCCCGUUUGCUCUGAGGCUCCCUCAGCUGCCCAGGGAAGUAAAUAGCACUCCUUGGUGGGACGGCCUCCUGGACCGCACCUGCUCCCACCUCACAGGGCCAGCCUUUGGCCUGCCCUUAUUCUGUUCUGCCUCCCACUCUCUAUUACUCAAAGUCUCGUCUCUCUUUGUCACCACCCCUAUCCCCAGCAUACCCUCCUAGGUCCCUACCCUGGUUUCCCCUAUCCUUGUCACCCUGGAGCCCCCAUCCCAUGGUUGCGGUGACAGUAGGAGGGACAGAAACGGGAAGUGUGGUGCAGGUGUAGACAGAGAGCACCUGGGACAGAGGCAGCCUGACCCUGCCAGGGCCCCCUAUCCCAAGUAAGAAAGUGGUUUGCCUUUUAACAGGCAGCAUCACGGAGGCCCAGAGAGGACAGACUGUUCCUCUCCAAUAGGCUCUCUUUGCUUCCUCUGUCACCUCCCAAAACUCAAAACAUAAUUUCAUUUUAAUUUAACCUAAGUGGAGGGUUUUUUGGACUUCACUGAAAUUUUUCUUCACCAGAAAUAUUACUUCCUUAAGGACCUUCCUAAAGUUCUGUGAGAGUUAUUUUUUGUUUGUUUGUUUUCUUUUUAAGAUUUUAUUUAUUUGGGGCGCCUGGGUGGCUCAGUCGGUUAAGCAGCUGCCUUCAGCUCAGGUCAUGAUCCUGAGCUUCACUUUGGGCUCCCUGCUCAGCAGGGAGUCUGCUUCUCCCUCUCCCUCGGCCCCUCCCUCC